AUGACCGAAAUACUGGAUCACAAGGAGCUUAACAGUGAGCGUCGAAAAGAUGCAGGAGGCUUGAGUGGUUUCUUGUUGCUAGAUAAGUUUCGCGUUCGAGUGUGCAGAACUGUCGACGUGCCUAUCCUGAUGGACUGCCCCUUCCUAGAUCAUCCUCAAAUGGUUGUGAUUGACAUGCCAACAGUUGAAAAGAGUGCAGUUGAGCGGGAAACCAACGACUCUACAGAACACGAGAUGUCUACCGAUGGUCCGCUCAAUUUUGAUUUCCUUUCGCUGGAAAAAUUGGAGCAGCAGUGCAAGCUGAAUGGUGGAGGCUCGUGCUUUCCUGGGUGUCCAAUGAUCACUUCCACGAGCUAUUUCGAUUGCAACCCACUCGAUGCUCCCACUGCCUUUGAUCUUCGCAACAGGUUGAUGCGUCAGAAGCUUCCUGCGCUUCUGGAUAAAACUCUCUUGGAUUUGCCCAUAUGCAUCAUUGCGAAUGCGAAAGAUCUACUGCGAACAACAUUCGUUGGUUUCCACUCCUCAAGUUCCAAGAUCACAACCUUCCAUACGAGAGACUUAGGUCGUUAUGGUGAUCUGAGUGAGCAUGUGCUGAGAAAUCUUCAUCAUCGUUUUGAAGGUCUUGAGUCGCGGAGCAAGGGAAGAAAAGGUCGCACAUGGCAGAUUCUGGAGAAGAGGUCGUGGUUUUGUGACGCGGGGAAAUUUCCUUGCAACAUGAAGUUGACGUUCAAGUGGGAAGAGACGAUGUCAGAGAACUAUCUGUGCCGACCACCACUUUCUGCAUCAGCAUUAUUUUAUGUGGCACCAGGGUGGAAAGACGAAAGGAUUGCUCUUUUCGAAAGCACAAAGGAGCUGGAGUACCUACUGUUAAUGGCGAAUGUGCUGGAUUCGGGAUCUGUUAUGGUUUGGCCGACAGCGGAUGAAAACACAUCUGAAAAUAUGCUGACCGAAGUGCGAAACCUCAUUAUGCAGUACAGAGUACCGAACGACGACAUUCAACGUGCACUUCAUGACAUAAGACAUCUCGACUUCACCGAACUGUUAUGGGAUAUUCUAAAGAGAUGCGUUGACUUCAACAAUCUCGUAGCCGCUUUAAGCAUCGUUUUUGACGCUUUGAAGGACCGUGCCAUUAACGCAGUUUUGCAUGAUGACAACAGGUCUACGAUAGCACGUCUCGUACACGAUUCACACUCCCAGAAUCUCAUGCUCCCCAGGCUAGAGGCUCUCACUCCAAUUCAGAUUUUAUUAGAGAUAGGAAUUGAACGUUUUAGGCGAGAUAUGGUCGAAGCAUAUAUCACCGCUGGCUUGGUGACCUCUAUUGCGGAUCUUGAAUUCAAGUCAGGAAUGAAUGCUACGCCAGAAGAGCGGGCCAGAGACUUACUUCCUUUUCAUUUGGCUUUGCAAACAAUUUUCGAAAUGAAACGACACGUCGCUCUGCCUCCUCAUAUGCUCAUUAAGAUGACAAGAUCGGUUGUUACAAGAUAUCGCUCUUCUCCAAUCACUGAUUUUGCAAAAGUAUCAUUUGAAGCGGCUGUCCCUAUGAUCUAUGUUGGACAGGGUCUUUUUCGUAAGCUACCUGAUUUGUGGACCUAUGAGACAACGUAUUCUUCUGAGAGCUCAAUUGUUGCUCACACUUUCUUAAAUUUCACACCUAGACCUCAACUGCGUUUCCUUGAAAACAGAGAACUUACGGAAAUCGACCGAACAGGUGUUCAGGGUUCUGACAGACGAAAUGCGUUCCAGUGCACGCAUACUACUUUUAGUUGUUUGGAUGUAGAAGAUUAUGAUGGGUGGGGUUAG